AGCAGCAGCAGCAGCAGCACUGCUCCCACUCUCCGCCGCCGCCGCCGCCGCCACCGCUGGCAGCCGCCGCCACAGCAACAAGUCAGGUGAGGCGCUGCCAGCCCGGAGCGCGGGGAGGCGAGCGGAGGGCGCGCUGGGCGGAAAGCGGAGCGACCGAGGGAGACCUGGAAGGAGCCCGAGGAUUUUGGAAAGUAAUGCAACAGAACGCUUUUGAAGAAAGCAGAUACCCAUGGCAGGAGUCAUUUGAAAAUGUCAGUGUCUGCAUGCCCUUCCGUUGCCCACGAUGCGGAGACCACACCCGAUUCCGGACCUUGUCGUCUUUGAGAGCCCAUCUGGAAUUCAGCCACAGUUACGAAGACAGAAGCCUUCUGACAAAAUGCAACCUUUUCUCUUCCCUCAAAGACGCAGACUUGAUUUCCUCCUCAGAGCCUCUGAUGCUGGGGGACAGCCCCAAUGUCCUGAAACCAAAGACAUCCUACCUAAACUUCUGUGAUGCGGCGAGAGAGAAUGCGAAGAAUAGGAAGCCCUUGGAGGUGGAAGCUGAACGGCCCGCAUCUUACGGGUCAACUUACACCUCUGGAGAGUCCACCGAUGAACCCAUUUCGAAACCAGGGUUGGCAGCCACAGACUCCAAAGCCUCCUUCGAGGCCCACGUGAGAGAGAAGUUUAACAGGAUGGUGGAAGCAGUAGACAAAACGAUAGAAAAGAGGAUCGACAAGUUGACCAAAGAGCUGGCCCAAAAGACUGCCGAGCUCUUGGAGGUUCGGGCAGCUUUCGUGCAGCUUUCACAGAAGAAGCAGGAAGUGCAGAGGCGGGAGAGGGCUCUUAACAGGCAGGUGGACGUUGCUGUUGAGAUGAUUGCGGUGCUGAAGCAGCGGCUUACGGAGUCUGAGGAGGAGCUCCACAGGAAGGAAGAAGAAGUAUUUACAUUUAAUCACUUCCUGGAGGAGGCUGCUGAGAAAGAGGUUCGGGGUAAGGCAAGACUCCAGCACUUCAUUGAGAAUCUGCUGCAGCGGGUUGAUCUGGCAGAAAAGCAGUUGGAAUAUUAUCAGAAUCAGCAAACCAUGGACAACUACAGUGAUGUCCAUGAGCACAUGUUUACAGAUAUGUCAUCCAGUAAGAAGCCUAGAUGCCUCAGCAGCCGAGGAGCUCAGCAUGCUUUCUACAACACCCCUGAUGUGAAACCUCACUCUUUCCAGAAAGGACGGAUGCACCUAAAGAAAGCCAAGGAGGACAAAAUCUGUGCCCAUCCCGUAAAAUUGUUUUAUGAACCUGUUGACUGCUCAAGGGACAUUUGGAGACCUCAGAAGAAAGGGGACGCGAUGAAUGCUGCCCGAAAGGUUAACGCAAAAUCCAAAAUCAGUAAAAAAAGCAAACAGCACUAUUAAGAGACCAUGUACAUUAUAAAGAUAUAUAGAAAGAAACGAAUAUAUGUAUCUAAUCUAACUAUUUACAGACAUAUAGUUUAUGCUUUGGUAGCACUAAGCUACCACCUGUAGAGGACAAGAGCACAAGGCUGUGCAUGCCUACUUGAAAGUCCGCACCAUUGAAAUCAGCAGGAUGUAUUUCUCUUAAAUAGAUGCACCUAGUGUUGCAACCACGGUUUAAUCACUAUAUAUUUCCGAAUUCACUUGGGCAAUGACUUGAUAUAUUUAAUAGAUAAUAUUCCUGCAUAAAUUAUUAACUGCUUCUUUUCCAGCACUUUGGUUGUUUAUGUGAGAUGGCACUUUAUUUUCUUUCUUUCUUUCUUUCUUUCUUUCUUUCUUUCUUUCUUUCUUUCUUUCUUUCUUUCUUUUGCAAGAGCUUACUCAGCCUUUCAAUCUGUUGUGUAUCUGUUUGGAGCAUCAUCACCCUGGAUACUAGUUUUGGCAGGUGACACUUUGUUGUAAGUCUGUUUGCUGCUUAAAGUCAGAGGAAUCCCUUCUACCUGGCAACUUGAUAAAUUUACUCUCUUUCAUUUAUGGUGGAAUUAAUAAAUCAGGAAUAAGCUGAGAGGUUCGUGAUUCCACAGUUUCUGGAUUUCCAGGUCUCAGAUGCCUUACCCAGGAGGGUCAAAUAAAAGGAAAAAUGGGAGGUGUACACAGUGCAAACCAUCUACAGAUUUGUUUCCCUGCCACUGAGAUAAACCUACUCUGAACAGAGUGUGUUCUUUUAUUCACAAGGCACAAAGAGCAUGAUGGUGUGUCUGCAGGACCCCGGCAACGGUGAGCAAUCUAACUAAGUAACCCCCUCCCCACCUCUUGCCCCCUAAGAUAGGUGUGUGGGGGACUUGUCUGACAGCAGCUGGAAGCUGUGUUCCCUGGGUGACCAAGCAAGCAGUGGCUUGUGUUAGAGCGGUUCCUGCAUUUGCCUGCUGGGAGAAAACGGUGCUGAUCUGUGCAGACAGCAGGAGAUUAUCAGUGGGAGGAAGGCUCGGGACUCAGCCUCAGUUCCCUUCCUGUGGUUAUUGCAGUCUGCUUCUUCCAGUGAUGCAGAUAGCACUGCAGGAGAGCACCGUUGGGAUUUAGUUCUGUGUUAUAAAGCAGGGUCAGCCUAAGCCAUCCCCUGCCUAAGAUAUACCAGAAAAUGUGCCCCUCCCCAAAUUGUCUAGGUUGCAUAGUACCCAGAGCCAGCUAUGUUUUGGGGGUACAUGAGGUACAAAAUCCUACAAGGAUCUUUCUCUGUCCCAAGCAGUAAAAUAUUAAAUCAAUAGCUGUUCUCUGUCCCUGCAUGACAACCCAAAUCUGCUGCCUUAAUUGACUGCAUAAUUUUGCCUAGUGGUCUAGCUGGCCCUGCUUUGAAGGCCAGUGCAAAUGCAGCUCUUUAUGUAUCUCAUAUUUGUAUAUUGCCUUUCCUCCAAGGGGUUUAUGUAGAAGCUUGUUUGUUUUCUCCUCCUAAGGUGAGCAGAGGCAGAAUGAUUAGGCCAGUGAUAGCUAGGGACCUUCGCAACUCAAUGAAGACCUCAAACGGAAGUUUCCCGGCCCCAAAGCCAUGCGCCUUGCCAACAACAUCCACAUUGAAUUUAUAUAUUAUAUUAAUGAUCUUCAAUCAUUAAACAAUUUCAGAUUGUUCGUGAAUUGGAAAUCAAACAAGAAACAUACUUUGAAAACAAAAGGAAGGAAUUUUUUUUUAAGUUAAUACUCAAGCAACUUGCAGAACUUUAGGGUGGGGGAAAUUUAUGGACACCUCCUUUUUGCAGCCCUAGCUCAUUGCAGACAGUACAUUAAAGAAAAAAACUACAGAUUGUAAACUCAUCUUGGCACCCCCUGGUUCAGUUCCAGUUCAUCCCUGGAACUGGCCUUGAAUGCUAUGCCAUGGUUUGUUUUUCCAUACAGUUCAUGACUGUACCUGUCACAUAUAGAAUGAGGUUUGUUCCCCGCAGAGCAUUAAGGGUUAUGUAUGCUAGAGAAAGCAAGGAUAUGUCCUAGUUCCCACUGUGCUGCAGUAGCACCACUUCCAAAUACAGGUGAAGAACUCACACAGUGGAACACUCCCCACAAAUUGUUAAAGGAAAAAAAGAACUGCUCCACAUGUAACACUGUCAUGUUAGAAGCAUAUAGGAUAUGGUAAGGCAGUACAGAAAAGCACUGAAAUAAUAUGUUUAAGAGACUGAAACAAUUCCCCUGUGAGAAGGGAAUUUUUGGGGGGCUCAAAAUAAAAAAGUGGGUAAAGGAAGCAAGGCAGGGUGGCAUCAUAUCAAGAAUGAUGUGGAAAAGGUGGGUGGGGAAAAAUUCUCUCAAACUGUUGGCAUCAUCUGCUGAAGAUGAAUGGUGGGCAGUUCAGGAGACAGAAAAGGAUGUAUUGAUGGCACACCAACGCAGCUUUUGAAGGAGGCGAGACAAAUUCAGGGAUGUUGGUAAAUCUUUGGAUCAGAGUCCCAAGUCUUUGGUAACAAGAGUUGAGUCAAGUCUUUGUUCCCAAGUCUCAGGCCUCGAGUUUGAGUCCCAAGUCUUGGAUGGAGGCUGGGAGAGGACAUGUGCAUGAGCAUGUUCAGAAGCAGCAGUUCUGGCUUCCCUUCCCAGAGCAGGCCUUUGUCUCUGCGCAUGCUCGGAAGCAGUGGGCCUGGCCUCUGCCCCCCCACUGCCUACAUGCUCCUGCCAUUGCCUCCCUGCUCCCCCGCCGUCCCCCAUUGCCUACCUGCCACACUGCCAUCGUCUACUGCUUACUGGUUCCUGCUGCCGCCGCACACCACUGUCCUCAGAAGCAAGCAGUAGGCUCAGCUUCCCUUCCAAAAACGGCCCGCAGCCAUUCAUUCCUAAGAGCUUUACCUCCAUCUAAACUAGCACAGGGCAAACACAAAUGUGCUGCCUCAGUGAGGACUAGACCUAUGUUUCCUUGUCUUCCUAGUGGCACCAGUGAAUGCAUUUGGCUGCUAUUGUACAAACGCUAUCAUUCAAUAAUAGUAUUUUUUCACAACAUUAGAUUUCGAUUCUUUGAGGACUCAAAGUGGUGACGGGGACCUCCGGAGUCUGUGGAGAUUUUUAAAGAUUUGUUUUUCGCCGUGGCCAGCAAAUAUGGCUCCUCUGUUUGUCCAGAAGAGUUCACAGGAAAUAGAAAAUUUUAGGGAGGCAAAGCUGAACGUAAUGCUGAUGGUUAAAGGUACAUUUCAAAAUUAGGUACAAUCUUUUUUUAAAAAAACCUCAAACUAAAUUGGACUUUAUAUCCAGUUAAUUUAUAGAAUUUAAAUAAAUGUGCAGAUUUCUAACACUUAAAUGAAGGUUUCCUUUUGACAUACUGAAGGAAGGGAGAUAUGAAGCUGUGAAAAAAAGCUUACAAUUUAAGGAAGAAAAAUAGUUACAAAUGAAAUAGAGUGUAAAGCCAGCUUAACUUUUAUUUUUACUUUCGAUAACAGGAAGAACGCCAGAACUAAAAUAGCACCAUUUUUUCUAAAAAAGUAAUUCUCUUCCCUACUUAUUAGAAUUUGACCUUUCCAGUUACAACUGUUCCCCAUUUAUAGAUAAAUAAAUAAAUGCACAAACUAAACCUUUGUUGAUUAAUCUACCCAUUUUUCUGAUUAAAGCUUAGAGUAGAAGCGAGGUACUGUACAUCCUAAGAGAGAGAUAGAGAGUAUCAUUAUUUUUUAUUUUUUGCUAAGAAGUAAUCAAUAAUAUCAUUUCAGAUUAUAUUAUUUCCUUUGUGGUUGAUUAUUCUUCAGGAUUGACUUGUUAAACUUUUAUUUUAAUCCCUUAUAUAACUAUUACAGGGCCUUGCUGGCUUUUUGAAAUGACUGCACUUAAUUGUUAUCUUUGCAGAUCUCUGAUGUGCUUGUGCAAUAAUUUUAGAAUCUGUUUUCUGGAUCUUUUGAUUGGUUCCUCUCCCCAUGCCAAAUUAUUGGACUAUGUCUUUAUGUUUAGGUUUUCCUGUUCUGCACUGAUAUAUGAGGAGCUAUCUGUGAUGGGAUCCAUUAUCACCCUGUUUAUUGACACACACCUGAUUCUGUGCAGAGUGUGUGAAUUAUGAUUAGAAUGACUGAAGUUGUAGAAUAGCCAACUUUGUGAACCCAGAAGCCAAAUUCCAGUGCCCCCCUCCCAAAAUGUCAAGUGGCAGGGGCAACUCAAGGUUUGGGCUGAGUCCUAGGUAAAGCACACUGUCAAGCAGCUGGCCGGAAGUGGCAGCCAGCAAGUAGCACAGGGUGGCCAAAGGUAAUGGAUCCAAUUUUCCUCAGUGUCUCAGUGCAACGCCACAUUAUGGGCACUGGGGAACAUUAAAAAUAAUGCCAUACUCAAGACACCUGGUGCUGCUCAGAAGAUGGAGGUGUGGGGGAUUUAUAAGGGAAACCUUGAGUAGGCGUCAGUAGCAGACCUUUGGAGCCUGGGCAAAUCCAGGAUGGGGAGAUGCUGAUGCCACUAUGCAGGGAUAGGCAGCUGUAAGAGAAGAGGAGAAGCAAAGAGACAGCCAAACACUGCUUCUUGUGUUCUCUCACCUUGAUUUGGAAUGAGAGGGAUGUCUGCCAGGCUGAAAGAAACUGCAUCAUACCUUGCGUCUCCAUUCUGGUAUGGGGAAGAAUGGUAUCAGCAGAGAAAAAUUCAGACUGAAUGAAUGCAGAGGUUGGGAAAAAUUUGUAUUUAGAACCUGAACUCUGACUCUCCUGGUUGGGGGGUACUGAGAGUUGUGAUCCAAGAAACAAGCUGGCCAUUCCUGAGCCUGGGAGAAGUCUUUUAGUGCUGAUCCUUUGAAAUACAAAACAAGCCUCAGUGGAACUUUCAGUACAGCAUAUCUGGGCAAGGGUUCUAUUGGCUCAAAAUGGCCGCAGGUGAUUAUGUUCCAUUGGGACUGUGCCAUAUGGAGGGAUUCCACUUCUAUCACAAUAUUCCUUAUUAUUAUUAUUUUUCUGUGUGGAUGUGUUUUGGUAAUGCUAAUCUUCAUGCCAGAUUAAUUGGUACUUAGCAUCCCAGCGAUGAUACAGGUGAAAGUGGAUUUUAUUUGUCCCAGAAAAGGAAGAGAAUAAAUAACUGAGCUAUGUGUUCAUGUCAUUUAUUUUCAAACACUUUUUAUAGGAGGUAUAAAUGUCUUUGUGUGAGAUGGUUUUAGAGUAAGCGUAUUGAGAGUCGUGGAAAUUGUUACCAGUUUCUUUUUC